AUGUCGGCGCGAAACAAAGAAGACGGCGAGCUGUCGGACAGAUCUUCGAAAACGCCGGAGUUCGGCCCAAACGAGGACUUCAUAUUCGAUCGGACCGUUUCAGGCAUAAUUCCAAAUGAAGAUCUUGAAUCGAACAAGUCAACGGAGACUAAGAGCCCGUGGCUGAAACAAAUGCGCAAGAGACUUCUUCUGGAACCGGUACGAACAAAUAACGCAAUGAGAGAGGAAAACGUUUAUUACAGGAAGAACAGGACGAAGAACCGACAGCUAAACGUCGUCGAGGCAACUGUUGUUUCAAUUGCAAAGGAGAACACAUGAUCAUGCACUGUCCGGAGCCCCGUGAUCCGAAUGCGAUACGCAGAAAUAAAUAUGAAUUUCAAAACAGCCAGCAGCAGCCCGGUGGAAGGUACCCGUGACUUGGUCAAUCAGUUCAGUUUCUGUUCUUUCAGAAUAUCGAAAGCGGUGGAGAACAAGUCAAAAUACAAGCCGGGAAGACUGAGUCAAAAGCUGCGCGACGCCCUGAGUCUGGGGCCGGAUGACAUUCCGGAAUGGGUCUACAGAAUGCGUCGGAUGGGAUUCCACAAAGGAUAUCCGCCAGGACAUCUUCAGAAAGCAUUGAAAAUAGAGUACAACGACAUCAAGAUCUUCUCAGACGACGGAGAGAAACCGACGGAGAUCGACGAAAAACCGAACCCGUCUCCUACUGUCGAUCUGAAAAAAGUGCAUUUCUACAUGGGAUUCAACAAAACUUACGGUGCUCUUAGAGAUCGCGAAAGAGGAAGAUUCGAGAUUCCGCCAUUCGAACUGUUUUGUGAAAUGUUGCAGACGGUGAGAAAGAUCCAUUUAGUUAUUACAGAAACUGAUUUUUCAGGAAGUGACAAAAGAGCAUGACGCAUCUGAAAAGAUUCGGAUGAAUGAGGAACGCAUCCGUCGUCAACUGAUCGCAGCUAACAAGCCAAACGAGGAGGAAGCGAUCGCGGUGGACAGAGAGAAGACGGAGCGAGCUGAGUCGUUGACUCCCAAAAAGCAGGACACUCCAGAAAGCGGUGAAGGGAACAUGGUCGGAAACUAAAGGUUUCAGGAAGUUUAUGAACUAUUGUUUCAGGGCGAAUCGAUAUCCCAGUACGUCGGCACUCCCGUCGUUUCCAAUCGGGACAAAUCGGGAACUUGGAUCGAAAGCCCCGUUCCUCCGCUGGAAGCAUUUGCCGUCGGAAUCGUUCCUUUCGAAGCGAGAGAAGAAGAUAAACCCAGCGGACUUUUCAAGAAAAUAAUGAGCACUCUCCGCACGAAAACCGACUAG